GUUGCUUGCUUCCAUUCCAACCCAAUCCACUAAUAUUUUUUUUUUAUCUAUUCUAUUACCUUCUCUUUCCUUUCCCUCACCAACAAACCAUCCAUCGCACACAAAGUCUUCGCCUCUCUUCUCUUUUCUCUCACUCAACUCAACUCUUCCGCGAAUCGACGUUGUCGUUCUGCAUCCUACUCCAGACGAAGACGUAUUCAGUUCUCUGAUGUAAGCGCGGUUCCGGUUCCAGAGCGAGCAAAAAAGGUUCCGUUAUUGCCGUUGCUUUUUAUAUUUUUUUCCCCUUCCGGUUCGUUUUUAUAGAUGGAUCGGGCGGCGUUGACGGUCGGACCGGGCAUGGACAUGCCGAUCAUGCACGACAGUGACCGUUACGAUCUGGUCCGUGACAUCGGGUCCGGAAAUUUCGGCGUGGCCAGGCUGAUGCAGGAUAAACAGACCAAGGAACUCGUUGCCGUCAAGUACAUCGAGAGGGGCGAUAAGAUUGAUGAAAAUGUGAAGAGGGAAAUUAUUAACCAUAGGUCUUUGAGACAUCCCAAUAUUGUUAGGUUUAAAGAGGUUAUUUUAACACCUACUCAUCUGGCGAUUGUAAUGGAAUAUGCCUCUGGAGGCGAGCUCUUUGAGAGAAUCUGCAAUGCUGGGCGUUUUACUGAGGACGAGGCUCGAUUCUUCUUUCAGCAACUCAUAUCCGGAGUUAGUUAUUGCCAUGCUAUGCAAGUAUGUCAUCGGGACUUAAAGCUGGAAAACACUUUGCUGGAUGGAAGCCCGGCACCUCGUUUGAAGAUAUGUGAUUUUGGGUACUCCAAGUCUUCAGUGCUACAUUCACAACCGAAGUCAACUGUGGGAACUCCUGCAUAUAUUGCUCCAGAAGUAUUGCUGAAAAAAGAGUAUGAUGGAAAGCUUGCAGAUGUCUGGUCAUGUGGAGUGACCCUAUAUGUGAUGCUAGUGGGAGCAUAUCCUUUUGAAGAUCCUAAUGAACCAAAGGACUUUCGGAAGACAAUUCAGAGAAUUCUUAGUGUCCAAUAUGCCAUUCCUGACUGUGUUCAAAUAUCUCAAGAGUGUCGCCACCUUAUUUCAAGGAUUUUUGUUUUUGACCCAGCAGAGAGAAUCACCAUGUCUGAAAUCUGGAACCAUGAAUGGUUUCUGAAGAAUCUCCCUGCGGACCUAAUGGAUGAGAGGAUAAUGAGUAAUCAAUUUGAAGAGCCAGACCAACCCAUGCAGAGCGUUGAUACGAUCAUGCAGAUAAUUUCAGAAGCUACGGUACCAGCAGCUGGGACCUAUACUUUUGACCAGUUAAUGGGGGAGCAAAUUUAUGACUUAGAAUCUGAAUCUGAUGCUGAAUCUGAGCUUGAUAUAGAUAGCAGUGGGGAGAUAGUGUAUGCCAUAUAGUUUGAUCUUGGCUUGGCUUGAAAGACAACAUAUUAAAUGGAGAGCAUCUGAAUAUUGUGGUUGGCAUUUUCAGCGUCAAGAAAAGAAGUAUGUGAUGGCCGCAUUUUCUGUAGAUUAGCCUGGACAAUACAAACUCCAUGAUAAUAUUUAUGUAUUCAGUGUCGGUCGCUGAGGGAAGAAAUGAUUGUUACCCUUUCCUCGCUUCCAGGGAAAUGCUUGCUUUUAUAUACAUAUUAUUUACAUAUUAGCCUUUACGUUGUUUCCCAGCUAGUUAAAUUGGCUGAUGGGUGAAUAUGAUGUUUCAUGCCCUUAUGUACACACUCCAUUCCAUGUAAAAACAGUUCUUUUUCAGUAGCAUAUUUCUCGUUUACUA